AUGGCGACUCUUUCUAUCCACAACAAUUGCAAUAAAAUGCAAAACACUCAAGUCAGUUCUCUCACCGUAUUACAGAGAUCAUCUUUCGUCUAUCAAGAGGUACACAUGUUGCUUAGGCUACAUGACGUAAUCUUUGGUUCUUGUACGAGAAAAGAAGAACAUGACUAUCGUCAAAGGAUAUCACCCAUAGCUUCAUUCAAUCUUAUGCAAGCAUCACCAACAUUCAUACAUGCUCAUUCAAUUCCAUUCAAGGUUAUAAAAGUACAUUAUUCGUCAAACUUCCAUCCAAGGAUCUUAUUAAUUUUGUUCGAAGUACAAAUUAGAAAUCACCAUUUACAUUCAUCCGAACCUUGCAAGAUUAUACCAUUGCCUUUACAUAAACCAUUACCGUUACAAGACUAUCUCAUGUCACAAACGUUACAACUCAAAAACAAUUACAAAAAAGAGUUCUCAUAUCUAUCUUAA